AAGGUUAGAUUUGAAAAUUGAAAUUACAAGAAAAUGGUUAAUACGAGAAUAAUGUUCUCCCUAUAAAUCCUUUCCUCCUGCACAAGUAAAAUACCCAGUUCGUGUUGUUAUUGUUCAUCUCGAAGACUCCUCACCUUUCUUCCCUACUGAAAAUCCCCGUCUUCGAUCUCCUCAUUUGCGAAUUGUUUCUCCUCAUCUCCACCAUGGUGCUCGAGGCGACUAUGAUCUGCAUCGAUAAUUCGGAGUGGAUGCGAAAUGGCGAUUACUCGCCCAACAGAUUUCAAGCUCUUUCCGACGCUGUUAAUCUCAUCUGCGGCGCUAAAACUCAGUCUAAUCCGGAGAAUACUGUGGGAAUUCUGACCAUGGCUGGAAAAGGUGUUCGUGUUUUGGUCACUCCCACCAGUGAUCUUGGAAAGAUAUUGGCUUGUAUGCACGGGUUGGAUAUAGGUGGUGAAAUGAACUUGGCGGCUGGAAUUCAGGUGGCCCAAUUGGCUCUUAAACAUCGACAAAACAAAAAACAGCAACAAAGGAUCAUAGUAUUUGCAGGAAGUCCUGUCAAUUAUGACAAAAAAGUAUUGGAGAUGAUUGGGAGGAAGUUAAAGAAGAACAGCGUGGCACUUGAUGUUGUUGAUUUUGGAGAAGACGAGGAAGGCAAGUCGGAGAAACUUGAGGCCUUAGUUGCUGCAGUAAAUAACAAUGAAACCAGCCAUAUUGUCCAUGUGCCUCCAGGUGGCAUUGCCCUGUCUGAUGUGCUGAUAAGCACUCCAAUAUUUACCGGAGAUGGGGAAGGAGGAAGUGGUUUUGCUGCUGCUGCUGCUGCGGCUGCAGCUGGUGGUGUUUCUGGAUAUGAUUUUGGUGUGGAUCCCAAUUUGGAUCCUGAGUUGGCUCUUGCUCUUAGAGUUUCUAUGGAAGAAGAGAGAGCAAGGCAAGAAGCAGCUGCAAAAAGGGCUGCAGAAGAAGCAACUGGACAGGAAAAAGGAGGGGAACAAAGCUCCCAAGAUGCAACUAUGGGGGAAAGUAGCAAUGCUGCAAUUUCGGGAGCUGAUAAGAAAAAUGACAUGACAGAGGAUGAUGAGAAUGACCUGCUGCAGCAAGCACUGGCAAUGUCAAUGGAUGAUCCUGUGUCCACUACAAUCGUGCAAGAUACAGAUAUGGCAGAUGCAGCUGGAGAUGAUCAGGACUUGCAACUUGCUCUUCAGCUCUCUGUGGAGGAAGGUGCAAAAGAGUCAACAAGUCAGUCAAGUCAGACAGAUAUGAGUAAAUUAUUGGCUGACCAGUCUUUUGUUUCGUCAAUACUUGCUUCGCUUCCCGGAGUUGACCCAAAUGAUCCCUCGGUGAAGGAUUUGCUGGCUUCCAUGCACAGUCAGUCUGAGAAGAAGGAUGAGGAUAAGCCACCAAGCGAGGAGGAGAAAUAAUGUUGCAAUCUGUUUGUCCACUCCUAGGUCUGUUUAAUGCUGCCUAGCAUGUUACAAUCGAAUUGGUCUUUUGAUAGUAUAUGGCUUUGAUAUGUUCUGACGUUGUAAUUUUGUCUCGAGAAGGGAAUGUUGCAUUGUGGCCUGAAAGCUUUCGGCAUGAAGAGUCUCAGACGAAGUUUUUAGUCCCAUAUGCUUGUUCUAUUGCACACCGAGACAAUGUUCAUUUCUACAUUGUUAAUGUAUUGUUAAAUGAAAGUAGACCCCCCUGGGUUUUAGUUCAUAUUUUUCUCCAAACUGAUGCAAUUGGUGUCAAGACCUUUCUUUCUUCUAGUUUAAUUGGAGAAUUGGUUUUACAAACUGAUGCAUGCAAACUUCUGGACCUUCUAUAGAAUUGUUUUUUUAGCUGCCUCA